AAAUCCGCGGGGGCGAGGAGUGUUUGUUUGUUUGCCUCAUCGAAAACAGAUUGACAGGCUCAUAUCGGCGUCUUAAGGACGAGGUGGGAUUCACCUGAGCCCGGCAGAUGCGGCGCAGCUGUCGGCCGGGCCGCUCGCCCCGCGCACCGCGCCCCGCCCCGACCCCGACCCCCGCAAUCGCGCCUAACAGUUUUAUUUUCCCGAAUAAACUUUAUCAAACAAAGCGUGCGUGCCCCGCGCCCUGCAUCUGCUCGCCCAGCUGUUCGUACUGCAGCUGACCGUGCUGUCUCGCUCUCGCGCGGAGACCGACGCUUCGCACGAGCGAGACGACGCCCUCUCGGUGCGAUCGCAUCGCGGCCCUUCAAUUCCCUGUGCACGACCCAUUCGCAGUCCGUAUUCCGACGCCGGCGGGCUAACUACUACGAUGACUAGUAACCGCAGGCGCGAUAGGGAGACUGAAACUGACCGCAAGCAGAAGCGACAGCGGCGCCGCAAGCGAUCCCGCAGUGAGCCGCUCAUGAAUGAUUCGGUGAGCGCCGAGAAGCGACAGGCGCUGAUGCGACUGUUCGGCCGCAGCUGCUCCGUGGAGAUGGAUGCCAACGCCGACCACAACGAGCACCCGCCGGAUAACCGCGACUUCGAAAACAAUAGUUUCGGCGACGAGAACGAGGACCCUUUGUUGGACUCGGUGCCAGUGGACAUGGACCCUGAGCAGCUCGGCUUCCUGGUGUGCGCGCAGGAGACGCUGCGGUUCCUGCACGGCCGCGGCGUGCCUAUCGAGCACCCGGUGUUCGCCCGCCUGCGCUCGCGCCUGCUCCGCGGGAUCGGCGAGAUGGCGAUGGCCUGAGCGUUGCUCGGCCCAGAGCCUCCCAGACCCUAAACCCUCCCCCAGCCCCCUCCAGGAACGAUCCCACUUUCAGUGUUGCUAAGUGUCAUUUAGUGUUUCUUCGCUAUGAACUCUUUAAUUCCCACAACAGAGGCUCUGGUGGUUAAGAUAUCCUAGUGUAAGGUACUGUUGCGAAUCAACAGGUGGCCAACCUGGCCGUUCUAGUCGUCUCUAGUCAAAGUUUACGAAUUAUAUGUAACUAUUUGUUAAGCAAAUCUUUUAUUGAUACAAUACUACGAAAUAAACUCGUCCGGUAGAGAAGUUUGAUUUGUGUACUAUUAAAUUGAUUUUUAAUGUUGCUGUGCUGAUUACCUAUUGUAUGUCCUCUUUAACAGUGUAAUAUUAAAUUCAACAUUUGAUGAUAUUUCCUAUGUAUUUAAUAUCUGCUGCGAACGUUAGUAAAAUUCAAUU